AUGCAGGCGGCGGCGGCGACGGCGACGGCUGUGUCCGUGCCCUUCUUGCUGCUCUGCACCCUGGGGACCUGUCCCCCGGCGCGCUGCGGCCGGGCAGGAGACGCCCCGUUGACCGAGCUGGAGAGGAGGAACGAGAACCGCUUCCUGGAGCGCCAGAGCAUCGUGCCACUCCGGCUCAUCUACAGCUCGGGCGGAGAAGACGAAACUGGACACGACGCGCUGGACACGCGGGUGCGGGGCGACCCCAGCAGCGGGCAGUUGACUCACGUUGACCAGGCAAGCUUCCAGCUGGAUGCCUUUGGAACAUCUUUUAUUCUUGAUGUCCUGCUAAAUCAUGAUUUGCUGUCCUCUGAAUAUGUGGAGAGACACAUUGAACAUGGAGGGAAGACUGUGGAAGUAAAAGGGGGAGAACACUGUUACUACCAGGGCCACAUCCGAGGAAAUCCUGCCUCAUUUGUGGCAUUGUCGACAUGCCAUGGACUUCAUGGGAUGUUUUAUGAUGGGAACCACACCUAUCUCAUUGAGCCGGAAGGAAAUGACACCUCCCAAGAGGAUUUCCAUUUUCAUUCGGUUUACAAAUCCAGACUGUUUGAAUUUCCCUUGGAUGAUCUUCCAUCUGAAUUCCAACAAGUAAAUAUCACUCCACCAAAAUUUAUUUUGAAGCCAAGACCAAAAAGGAGUAAACGGCAGCUUCGUCGAUAUCCUCGUAAUGUAGAGGAGGAAACCAAAUAUAUUGAACUGAUGAUUGUGAACGAUCAUCUCAUGUUUAAAAAGCAUCGACUUUCAGUGGUACUUACCAAUACGUACGCGAAAUCUGUGGUGAACAUGGCAGAUUUAAUAUAUAAAGACCAACUUAAGACAAGGAUAGUAUUGGUUGCCAUGGAAACCUGGGCGGCUGACAACAAGUUUGCCAUAUCUGAAAAUCCACUCAUCACCCUACGUGAGUUUAUGAAAUACAGGAGGGAUUUUAUCAAAGAGAAAAGUGAUGCAGUUCACCUUUUUUCGGGAAGUCAAUUUGAGAGUAGCCGGAGCGGGGCAGCUUAUAUUGGUGGGAUUUGCUCGUUGCUGAAAGGAGGAGGCGUGAAUGAAUUUGGGAAAACGGACUUAAUGGCAGUUACACUUGCCCAGUCAUUAGCCCAUAAUAUUGGUAUUAUCUCAGACAAAAGAAAGUUAGCAAGUGGUGAGUGUAAAUGUGAGGACACGUGGUCUGGAUGCAUAAUGGGAGACACUGGAUAUUAUCUUCCUAAAAAGUUUACCCAGUGUAAUAUUGAAGAGUAUCAUGACUUCCUAAAUAGUGGAGGUGGUGCUUGCCUUUUCAACAAACCUUCUAAGCUUCUUGAUCCUCCUGAGUGUGGCAAUGGCUUCAUUGAAACUGGCGAGGAGUGUGACUGUGGGACCCCGGCAGAAUGUGUCCUUGAAGGAGCAGAGUGUUGUAAGAAAUGUACCUUGACUCAAGACUCCCAAUGCAGUGAUGGUCUUUGUUGUAAAAAGUGCAAGUUUCAGCCUAUGGGAACCGUGUGCCGUGAAGCAGUAAAUGAUUGUGAUAUUCGUGAAACAUGCUCUGGAAAUUCAAGCCAGUGUGCCCCCAAUAUUCAUAAGAUGGAUGGUUAUUCAUGUGAUGGUGUCCAGGGAAUUUGCUUUGGAGGAAGAUGUAAAACCAGGGAUAGACAAUGCAAAUACAUCUGGGGGCAAAAUGUGAUGUCAUCAGAUAAAUACUGCUAUGAGAAACUGAAUAUAGAAGGCACUGAGAAGGGUAACUGUGGGAAAGACAAAGACACGUGGAUACAGUGCAACAAACGGGACGUGCUCUGUGGUUAUCUUUUGUGUACGAACGUUGGUAACAUCCCAAGACUUGGAGAACUUGAUGGUGAGAUCACGUCUACUUUGGUUGUGCAGCAGGGAAGAACGUUAAACUGCAGUGGCGGACAUGUUAAGCUUGAUGAAGAUGUCGACCUUGGCUAUGUGGAAGAUGGGACACCCUGUGGUCCCAAAAUGAUGUGCUUAGAACACAGGUGUCUUCCUGUGGCUUCCUUCAACUUUAGUACUUGCUUAAGCAAUAAAGAAGGCACUGUUUGUUCUGGAAAUGGAGUUUGCAGUAAUGAGCUGAAGUGUGUGUGUAACAGACACUGGGUAGGUGAAGACUGCAGCACUUACUUCCCUUACAAUGAUGAUGCAAAGGCUGGCAUUACGCUGUCUGGCAAUGGUGUUGCUGGUACCAAUAUUAUAAUAGGCAUAAUUGCUGGCACCAUUUUAGUGCUGGCCCUCAUAUUAGGAAUUACUGCAUGGGGCUAUAAAAACUAUCGAGAGCAGAGACAGUUACCCCAGGGAGAUUAUGUAAAAAAGCCUGGAGAUGGCGACUCUUUUUAUAGCGACAUUCCUCCUGGAGUCAGCACAAACUCAGCAUCUAGUUCUAAGAAGAGGUCUGCUUUUCUGUCGCAUUUUCAGAUUUCUACCUGUUCCAUCACACAUUAUUCCAUUAGUCAGAACAUUUCAUUAUUUUGCAGCAGGUCAAAUGGACUUUCUCAUUCUUGGAGUGAAAGGAUUCCAGACACAAAACAUAUUUCAGACAUCUGUGAAAAUGGACGACCUCGGAGUAACUCUUGGCAAGGUAACCUGGGAGGCAACAGAAAGAAAAUCAGAGGCAAAAGAUUUAGACCUCGAUCUAAUUCAACUGAGACUUUAUCUCCUGCCAAGUCUCCUUCUUCGUCAACUGGGUCUAUUGCUUCCAGCAGAAAAUACCCUUAUCCAAUGCCUCCCCUUCCUGAUGAGGACAAGAAAGUGAACCGACCAAGUGCCAGGCUAUGGGAGACAUCCAUUUAA